AACUGGGCGACGGUGGCCGAGAAGGGUCCAACCUCCUGAGCCUGUACCGCGCCUCCCGGCGGGGCGCGCGCGCGUGCGCAGUGUGCUGGUCUCCAUGGCGGGGCCUCGGAGCCAAGACGAGAAACCAUGCUGCCAUGAAGACGUAGGUACAGCUUUCACAUGAACACAGCUGGCACUAUUAUAAUUUCGUGCUCCAAAGGAAGACUGUCCGAGAACACAAAAGGACGUUUCUGAGGCCAAAGAAUGUAGGAACCUGAACUGGAAACCUGAGCUACUGCCUGAAGGUAUGGUAAGGCCAACAGAUGAAGAAAAGGUAGCCUGUUAUUCCCAGGUCUCAGAAGGAGUGAGGCAUGGUGCGUUACGAAGAGCCACACACCGCACCGCCAAGCUGUUAACUAACAGGAGACAAUGAAACCGAAGAUGGAGGCAGCAUGGACCAGUGUCCUUCAUUAGGAGUCAGCCAUAGUGAUGGCGGAGAGUCCCCAGGAGAAACUCGGGAACCUGAGCAUCUGACCUGUAUGGACUCUGGGGAUUCUUCCUUUGGACAGAAUGAUUCCCCUGCUAUUUUGCCCAUUCCUGCUCCUGAAACAGAUGAGUCACUCACAUCACAGGACAUGCCAGAGACACUGACCGAUGCACAGACCCUUCAUGAGGAGCAGUUUCGUCUUUUGGACCCAAAUGGGCAGCCUCUUCGAUAUGACCUUCAGUCACUGGGCGAUUCUAAUGCACAAAUGAUGAUCGCUACGAGCCCAUCAGAAAACGGACAGGUGCUUCAUGUAAUUCCAUCUACCCAGACAGGAAUGGCUCAAGUGAUCAUACCUCAGGAGCCGCUUGUGGAUGUGACUAGUCCUCAAGAUGCCUCUGAAGAGAAACCCGCUGACAGAAGCUUACCAACUGUAAGAGCAGACACUCUAGAAGCCAGCACCAAUGACUACAUUCUUCGUUCUCAAGCAUCCCUUGCAUUUCCCAAAAAGUCAGGGACCAGAAUGCUCGAAGAACCUUUGCCGGCUCCUCUUCAGCCACUGUCUUGUAACACACCGAUCUGGGCCUGCCGUCUUAGGAGUUGUGAGAAAAUUGGAGAUUCCUACCGUGGCUACUGUGUCAGUGAGACUGAACUAGAAAGCAUCCUCACUUUUCAUAAGCAGCAAACCCGGAGUGUCUGGGGCACUCGCCAGUCUCCAAGCCCAGCCAAACCUGCCACGCGCUUGAUGUGGAAGUCCCAGUAUGUGCCCUACGAUGGCAUCCCAUUUGUCAAUGCAGGUAGUCGAGCUGUAGUAAUGGAGUGUCAGUAUGGACCAAGAAGGAAAGGUUUCCAGUUAAAAAGAAUCAGUGAGCAAGAAAGCAGGUCUUGUCAUCUCUACAAAGCUACUUGUCCAGCCAGGAUUUACAUUAAAAAGGUACAGAAGUUCCCUGAAUAUAGAGUGCCUACAGACCCCCAGAUAGACAGGAAGAUCAUCAGAAUGGAGCAGGAGAAAGCCUUCACCAUGCUGAAGAAGAACAUGGUAGAUGCUGGUGGUGUCCUUCGAUGGUAUGUGCAGUUACCUACACAGCAAGCUCAUCAGUAUCAUGAACUGGAGACUCGGGGCCUCCCUCUCUCACCGGCUCCUUUUCCUGUGUCUGCUCCUGAGGAAGAGGAAACUGUAGUCAGAGAUGAGAACUGUGCGUUGCCCUCACGCCUCCACCCGCAAGUAGCGCAUAAGAUUCAGGAGCUAGUGUCACAGGGCGUGGGACACGUGUACGCAGUGAGGAAGCAGCUCAGGAAAUUUGUGGAAAGAGAACUGUUCAAACCUGAUGAGUUACCUGAAAGACAUAAUUUAUCAUUUUUUCCAACUGUAAAUGAUAUAAAAAAUCAUAUCCACGAGGUACAGAAAUCAUUGAGGACUGGAGAUGUGGUAUAUAACUCAGAGGUGAUUCCAGCAACGCUUCAGUGGACCACAGAUAGUGGGAAUAUUCUCAGAGAGACUGUAACAGUUACAUUUGCAGAAGGACACUCACUAGGAGAACCAGUUGCCAGCAGCGUGGGGGCGCGUCGGACACAGACUUCUCUGUCUCCAGAGCCGUGUCACCUGCUCUCCCCACUCUCUUCAUUUCAGCCCAAAAUCUUCUCACACUUACAGGGUUUGAAGUUACAGCCAAGACUUUCCUCUCCUGAUGGAUCACAAGCUCUGGUGUCAGGAACUAGCCAUCCCUCCUCCAGUCCUUCAGGACUUCUGGAUACAGUAGGAAAUGCUGUAGUGAGUAAUCAUUCUCUGCUGCUUGGUCAAAGUCAGAGCCUUCGAACAGAUACAUGCCUAACGCGAAACAAUAGCGCUGCCUCUACCAUGGGGAAUCUCCCGGAAUCAGUUCAAAAUCUCGGAAUGGAUCAGCUGGUGGAAGCUGAAGAUGUUGAGGAUACGGGGAAUCUGGAAGGAAGUGUAAAUAGGAUUCUGUUGGGAGAUGUGCAAACUGUUCCAAUACCAAUCAUAGACAGCCAUCCAGCUCUUAUUGAAGAAAGUCUAGAAGAUACUCUGUCUGUGAACCAAGUUAAACAAGAACCCAAAGAACCAACACUGUCUAUGGGAGGAAAAACUUUUCUGGACUGUAAAAAAUUAUCUGCUACAUAAAAUGUUUAAAGCUUUUCAGAGUUGACAGCUCUGGCACCUUCUGAUGUCUUAGAAGGGGGAGAUUGCCAGGGCAUGGCAUGUCAGUCACUGGACCAGAACUGAAUGAUGCAGCUUUGACUUAAAACUUGAAUAUUUGUUGUCAAUUCCAUAUUUGUAUUCCCCUUAAGAAAUAUUUUACUUCAUUUUGUAUUCCUUUAUUUUUUUAUUAUCCAGUUAGACAUGUGUUUGAAAAGAUCACAGUAAUUUAGCGUGAACACAAAUGGUUAGCUCAUCCCUGGAAACACCGAGUAUUGCUUCUUACAAGACAACCAAGUCCAACAAUAAAAGCAGUGUGAGUGCAUGUGGAGGUGUGUCAGAAAAUUUAGAAUUGUGAGGAGAGUUUGAAUUAGCCAACAGGUGAGAGAACAUUUGUCAUCUGUCUUAUUUGGAAAGAUAGAGCAAUAGAUUUAUAUGGUAACACUGAGCUGCCGAUCACAUCCCUAUAGAUUUGCAUAGUAUCACAGAGCCACCAAUCACAUCCCUGUAGAUUUGCAUAGUAUCACAGAGCCGCCAAUCACAUCCCUGUAGAUUUGCAUAGUAUCACAGAGCCACCAAUCACAUCCCUGUAGAUUUGCAUAGUAUCACAGAGCCGCCAUUCACAUCCCUGUAGAUUUGCAUAGUAUCACAGAUCUGCCAGUCACAUCCUUACAGAUUUACAUAGUAACACAGAGCCACCAAUCACAUCCCUGUAGAUUUACAUAGCAGCACAGAUCUGCCAGUCACAUCCUUAUAGAUUUUCAUAGUAACACAGAGCCACCAAUCACAUCCCUGUAGAUUUGCAUAGCAGCACAGAUCUGCCAGUCACAUCCCUAGAUACUGCAUUUGCAGUUUAUCCCCCAGGCUUUAUACCUUUAACUAUAAAUGAAUGUUACUAAUGGUCAUCUGUCAGAAAUUUAAUGACUUGGUAAGUAUUGAAAAGUUUAAAUUUAAUUAAUCAGAUAAAUAACAAAUAAAUGUAUUUUAUAUGGGAUUAGAGGUAAAUACCUACUUAGGAAUAGAAAGAUGAAUAAUUCAGAGAAUGGGGGGAAAUGUUAUAAUCCCUACUGCUUGCAAAAUUUUUGGCUUUUUUUUUUUAAAGAUUGAAUUUUUGGAUAGAAAAUAAUUUAAAUAAUAUUUACAUUUUUCUAUACUAGAGUUCGUACUGAAUUGAUAGUAUUACAAUUUAUAUAUUUAGUUCAUAUUUGAAACUUGAAAAUGUCUGAUCUGAUAAGCUCAUUAAAUAAGUAUAUUUAUACCUAGUACUAAAUAGCCAGUAAUCAAUAUGUUUAUUGUAAGAUUUUUUUUAAUGAAAUAUUGAGUAGCUAGAAAUUUCAAAUGUAAUUGUUAUGAAAUUAACCUAGCUAAAUGUAGUGGUGCACACCUGUAAUCCCAGCACUCGGGAGGUGGGGGUAAUAGGAUUGUAAAUUCCAGUCUAGCCUGGACUACACAGCAAGUCCUUACUAAGAAAGACAGAAGGAAUCACCUGGAAAAGUUUUUUUCUGGAGACUCAUUUAAGAGUGCAUUUGAAUUUUAAUUUUUUAAAAAACAAGAAUUUCAAGUGGAUAUUAAAGGUUAAUACUCAAAGCAUGAACAAUAUAAUAUGAAAUUUGACCUCAAUACUUUACAUGGAUAUCCAUCACUUUUGACUUUUCUAAGUCUGAUCUCCCAUUCUUAUUCACUUUGUUUUAGCUACAUGACCUGUAUCUAAGUAUAAAACACUGUUACUUUAGAAGUAGGUGAAACUCUACAUUAUCUUUACAUCUAUAUCCUAGUCAACGUAAAGUUUAUUCUUUAUCUUAUUUAAUGCAAAUUUCAUAUCUAAUAUAUAUAUAUAUAAUGGUUAGUAAGAACUGCUUUUUCUUUUCUAAGAACAAGAUAUCUAGUGCCAGUUUUUAUGGAAGCAGGCUGCUGAAUCUGACUGAGUAUGUUACACUAAGUUCACCACAACUCCUAAAUCACUUCAGAACCUGAGUUCCCUUAAUCUGUGUGUACUUAAGAGGAAUGAGAUCAGAUUAGUAUAUAUUUAGAACUGUAUUAUAGGUAAUGCUCUUUUGUGAUCCUUGUUAUAGAAACUAUUUUUCAAGUACUAAUAAGUUUUCAUCUUCCGCUGGGCGGUGGUGGUGCACGCCUUUAAUCCCAGCACUCGGGAGGCAGAGGCAGGAGGAUCUCUGUGAGUUCGAGGCCAGCCUGGUCUACAAAGUGAGUUCCAGAAAAGGCACAAAACUACAGAGAAACCCUGUCUCGAAAAAACCAAAAAAAAAAAAAAAAAAAAAAAGUUUUCACCUUCCAAUAAUGAUUAAGGUUUAUUAUUAAAUAUUUCAUUCAUUGAGCUAUAUUCUUUGGGAGACAUUCCUUUUUGAUGUUGAAUUGCUAAGGAGAAAUGCUUGUUAAGAAAGAAACUAGCCAGUUUCCUGUGAGGAUGAGUAAUAACAGAGGAUUCAGUGCUAAUGUUUCAUCAGGAAAAAACAGUUAAAAUAUAUUUCUGAGCCGGGCAGUGGUGGCUCAAGUCUUUAAUCCCAGCACGUUGAGACAGAGGCAGGUGAAUCUCUGUGAGUUCAAGGCCAGCCUGCUCUACAUAGUGAGUUCCAAUGACAGCCAGGGCUACACAGAGAAACCCUGUCUUGAAAACAACAAUAACAAAUACACACACACACACACACACACACACACACACACACACACACACACACACACACAUAUUUCUGUCACUUCAUUCUAUUAAUGGUGCACACCUCUAAUCCCAGUGGAUCUCUGUGAGUUUGAGGCCAGCCUAGUCUACAUAGCAAGUUCCAGGACAGCUGGAGCUACAAAGUGAGACCCUGUCUUGGAAAAAAAAAAGAAAGAAAGAAAAUAAAUAGUUCCGUCAGCCGGGCGGUGGUGGCGCAUGCCUUUAAUCCCAGCACUUGGGAGGCAGAGCCAGGCAGAUCUCUGUGAGUUUGAGGCCAGCCUGGUCUACAGAGCGAGAUCCAGAACAAGCACCAAAACUACACAGAGAAACCCUGUCUCAAAAAACAAAAACAAAAAAAUAGUUCUGUCACUUCAUUCUGUGUGACUGGGUCUUCUGUUAAUAUUUUUAUCAUGAGGACAGUAAGUUACAUAUAUUCUUCCCACAAACAAAUACAAAACAGAAAACUGAACACUUAAAUUACCUAAUUGUAUGUUCUUGUUUUUAGGUAGAAACUGAAACUAUUAAUAUUUUUGUGUAUUUAAAUGAGUAAUAAUUAAAAAUGGUGUCUAAAAUGAAUUUAAAAAUUCAUUUGUCUUCUCAAUGCAUAUGCUGUCACACAUCUCAGUGCUGGCUAAAGGUGCUUGACAUCGGUUUUUGAAAACUGUGUUUACAUAUUGAAAUGUUUAAUUCUUUCUAAAUGUAUUAGAUCUUAAAAACAAGGGUAUAAAAAUUCAGGAUCUGUAUUUGGCUUUCUCUUAACAACUCCACAGCAAAAUUUGACAAACAUUCUUUAGUUCAUGUAUUACAGGAUGUAGUAUCUGCAGUAGUAGGCUGGACAUUUAAAAUAAGUGGUUAGAAAUUCAUAAUCACAGGUUGGUUCAUUUCUUUGUAGUUUCCAUGUUCCAACCCUGCAAGUAAACGUUGUAUAUACAGCAGUAAAUUAUAAACAACCAUAACAGACUUCCAUCAGUAGUCAUUUUCUACAUAAGCAGCUCGUGUACUUAAAAAGCUUUAACAUCUUAUGCAAAGUGAAUGUUUCCUAACCACACAGAAGUGAGGAAACACAAGCUUUGGGGUCUGCUCCUGCAUUGAAGGUUUUAAUUCUGAGGCCCACCAGCAUGUGCCUCAACUUCUUCAGGUCCUGUCAGACUGUACUUAAUCAUGUGGGUGUGAGACCAUGCUUACUUUAUACCAGGUUUGUGAAGAAAUUUUAAACUGUAUGUAGAUAUUAGAACUUAAUGUACAGUGUUCUUGUUAUAAUGUAAUUUUUUCAUUAAAGAAUUCUGUUUUUUCUUA